UUCAGCCCUAUCGAUAAGCCAUGGCUCAGCUCGUACCUUGGCCAGAACAAUGACGCUUGCGCGAGUGGCUUGUUGAUUUCCCGCGCGAAACGUGGACAGAACCCCCAAAUACGCAACCCCGUGUCCCAUACACAACCGCCUUGCUCGAGUCCGCAAAAGAAGCCUCGUCUCGCCGCGACGCGCAAUUACCGGAUUCGCAUUCCCCAAAAGGCCCCGUCCCCGCGCCGAUAGAUUUGCACGCGGUUAGAUUAAUCGCGAAGCUUGGACAACGGCAACUCACCGUGCGUCGCGUAAGACACAAGUGUUCCAAUGUCGCGGCCUACGGUUUCCAAAGCUCAGACAAGCUACCCCAUUUUCGCGGCCACUUUUGCCAGCAAUAGGCCCGGAGUCCUCGUAGUAGGCGGUGGCGGAGGUGCUGGGCGGUCCGGGGUCAAGAACCAAAUCACGGCAUUCGACUUUAGCUCGCGAGCGCCGACGGUAGAAGCCAUUGCCGAAAUCGAAGCCAGCAAGGACGACUCGAUAACGUGUCUGGACAAUCUCUCCACCAAGGAUGGCCUGAUUCUGUUCGCUGGUAACAAUAGUGGCGAGGAGGACCGGCUGGCCGCAAAGAAUGAGCACUUGCGCGCGUUUGAGCUACGCUUUCCCAAGGGCAAGGCCGAUGGCAAGAUUGAGUUUCUCAGCAAGACGUCGCUGUUUACUACGCCAGCGUCUGUUGGCGCGAAAAAGGAGGGGUACCAGCGAAUCAUCCGGUUGUCGCCGCCACAAAAAACAACAAGCACGCCCAACAGACGGAUUGGAGCAGCGGCCUCCAGCCUUGCGGGAGACGAGAAUGAGGUGGUCAUCUUCGAUGCGACAACCACCAAGCCAGCGCCCCGAGACGUAAUAGAGCGCUUUACGCUGCCCAAAGGCCAAGAAGCAAACGAUGUUGACAUCUUCACACUCGAGGAGGGCAAGUUUCGCGUAGCCUAUGUGACGGACCAGGACGUGUUUGUGUACGAUGUAAAAUACAACUUUGCCAAGCGAAACAUGACGAGUAGCGAGCAUAACAAGGCCUACACAUUACCAACCUUGGAAAAGGGUGCGAGAAGCAAGCUGAGAUGUGUACGGUGGCUUUCGCCGAAGCACCUGCUUCUGCUGGCGAACAAACCCAACAGGACUGGGGUUGAGCUGCUGCUUUUCCACUUCUACCAGGAUGGGGGUAGUAUCGCUCUACGAAAGGUGUUACCGAAGCAUGUCAAGGCGGCAACAGAUAUGGAUGUCAGUCUCCUCGACGUCGAUGACCAAGGCGCAUAUCAGAUUGUGAUUGCGAUAGCGGCGAUCGACAUCUCGCUGACAGUGUACACGAUGGACUAUCACGGCCCGGACAGAGAUUCACUGAGCACUUUCCACUCAUUCAACACCUAUGACAAUGUUCAUGAUGUGCAAAUGACAAAAGUCGUCUUCUCUCCGUUCUACAAGCCAGAGACCCCUAAAGGCCGCCAGCCGCCGCCCCAGUACCUUCGUCUGGCGAGCACCAGCCUGGGGAACACGAUCAGCGUGGAAACGUUCCCGUUGCAAAGCAUCGGAUCACGCCAUGUCCUGCAGACGGCGCAGUCGAGGAACCUGUUCACAGCAGCAACGUACCUUGUUGCCGCCAUGGUUGUCGCUGUGCUAGCGCUCAUGAUACAGUCGCUCAUAGACCCGGAAGGCAACUUGACCAAGGGCAUCCUCCCCGCCAGCCUCCAGACUGCAGCCGGCCGACAUAAGACAUUCGGUGAGACUCUGCGGGAAAAACAAGACCAGGCGAUUCUCAACGGUGCCGACUCGCCAGUCGCAAAGGCGUCGCACCGCAUCGCCGAUUUACUGCAUAUCCACCUCCCUCAUGUCUUAUCCGACAAUGCGGAAUCAGCAGACGCCGCGUCUGAGCCCAAAGCUUUGGUGAUUCACCACGACGCAGAGUCUGACGGGGCCCUUAGCACGGAAAUCCACGCCGGGGACGAGGAGGUUUUGAAGAAGCACGUGGCGGCCAGGAAAUGGGACGAGCUGAGCAGAGAGGAGAAGAAUGCAUGGCGGCAGAAGCUGAGCGAGGCAGGCAUGUGGGCGGUGGGCGAGGGCGAGACAAUUCUCAAGUCCAUCUUCUUUGGGCAAAUCGGCGGGCUGGUUGGCCAUGCGGCGCAGGGCGUGCUUGGCGGAUAGGGCGUGGUGCGCCGAUGCGUGGUACGCGGUGAAUGGACAUGUAUCAUAGUCUCGGGAGGGCGUCUCUGCAGCGUCUCGCCCAGCAUAGCAUUACUGGCGGGCUCAA